GAAAGCAACAGGCUCGAAAUCUACGCUUUCUGCUUUAUUUUAUUUAUGAAGAAGAAGGCUGAAGAUUUUACAAAGCGGUCCCAACCACCAGUCUUGCUAUAAUUUAGUUUGCUUGACUAACAAGAAACAAAAAGAAAAGAUCAGCAGACUCAAUGGAUUAGACUCCUCGCCUCUGUCUUGAACACUCUUUCUCCACUGUACCAAACAAAAUCCCCAAUUUUCCAAUUCCACCCAAUCCUCCUCCACAUCAACCCCCACAAACAUCAUGCUAGCAAUUUACGAGAAAAAAACAACCUCCCUCGACCUCUACCGUCCUCUCCGCAACUACAUUGCCAUGUUCUACUCCGAACGCGAAGCCCAAAACCUCGAAGAUGAUCUCCAAACCGUCAAACAAUACCGUUCCGAUCUCGAGCGCCAACCCGACCCGUCACCUACUUCCCGCCGCGACCUCCUCCAAAAAUACUUCAAAGCCCUCUGCUUGAUCGAAACCCGAUUCCCAAUCUCCCCCGACAAUGACCACAUCAAUUCGGUCACUUUUGUCUGGUACGAUGCGUUUAAGCAAAAACAGAAAGCGUCGCAGCAGAAUAUUCAUUUAGAGAAGGCUGCUGCCCUUUUUAAUUUGGGUGCCGUUUAUAGUCAGAUUGGAUUGUCGUUUGAUCGGGCCACGGUGGAGGGGAGGAGACAGACGAUUCAUGCCUUUAUUGCUGCCGCCGGUGCGUUUGCUUAUUUGAGAGAUAAUGCGGCCGCGAAAGCCUCUGUGGGUACCAGUACUACGGUUGAUGUGUCGGUUGAGUGUGUUGGGAUGUUAGAGAGAUUGAUGCUCGCACAAGCGCAAGAGUGUGUCUUCGAGAAUACUAUUUCUAAAGGGAGCACCCCGGGUGUUUGUGCCAAGAUUUCUCGGCAGGUUGGGUUGUACUAUGAGGAAGCUUUAGCAGCACUGAAUGUUGCACCUCUAAAAGAUAAUUUUGACAAGGGUUGGACUGCUCAUGUCCAACUAAAAGCAGCCCUGUUCUACGCAGAAGCUUGUUUUUGGUAUAGUUUGGAGCUUCAUGAGAAAGAAGAAAUUGCAGAGGAAAUUGCACGGUUGAAGAGCGGGGCUAGUACAUUAGCAGAGGCAAAGAAAAGUUCAAAGGGGGCUGCAGUACAGCUUCUGGAUGCAAUUAGCAAGCUGGAAGCCAAUAUCAACCGCAACCUGGACAGGGCUGUCAAGGAAAAUGAUAGAGUUUACCUCAUGAGGGUUCCUUCCCCAAGUUUCUUACCCCCUCUACCAGCAUUUUCCAUGGUAAAGACCAUGCCAAUGAAUGAGGUACUUGAUGCCAGCAAGGAGAAGAUGUUUGCUAGUCUUGUUCCAGACAGCAGCGCAAAAGCUCUUUCAAGGUACACUGAAAUGGUUGACAAUAUUAUCCGGACACAGGCUGAAAAAUUGCAACAAGGGAGUGAGCUAACUCGAGUGAGGCUCAAAGAAAUGGACCUGCCAGAUUCUAUUCUUUCUUUGGAAGGAAAUUUUUCACUUCCAACAGAUCUUAAAGAAGAUGUAGAAGCAGUGCAGAUUAGUCAGGGCCCAGCUGGCCUUGAAGCUGAGUUACAGCAACUUAUGGAUUUGAGGAGGGUUAACCAAGAAUUGCUGGUCCAGACUGAGGAGCUUUUGCAAAAGGAAGCAACAGAGGAUUCCCAGUUUAGAAGCCAAUUUGGGACACAGUGGACUAGGCCUCAAUCCAGCACUUUGACAAAGAACUUGCAGGAUAGAUUGAAUAGGUUUGCAGCCAACUUAAAGCAAGCCACAGAUAGCGAUGCCAGAAUUGAGCACGCAGUGAGGGAUCAUUCUGCACUCAUGUCAAUUCUUGAUUGCCAACCGAUAGAAUCUGCACUUCCAAGUUUAGCUAGGCCAAUAAUGUCUUUGGAUGCUAAUGAAGAUGCUAUAGUAGGGGCCUUGAAGCAGAGCUUGAGGCAAUUGGAGACUCUUGGUGCUCAGCGAGCUGGUCUCGAGGACAUGCUCAAAGAGAUGAAAUGGAAGGAUGAUGUACUACCAAAGUUGAUGACAUCUGCUGGGUCCUACGAAGAUCUUUUCAGGAAAGAGAUAGCAAAAUAUGAUCCCAUCUGUGAAGACAUUGCACAAAAUAUUGAGGGACAAGAACAGUUGCUGCUGCAAAUUCAGGCUCGGAAUGAAGAGUUUUCUGCUGUCUUUAACCUUCAAGAUUACAAAGCAUCUCGUGAGAAGUGUUAUAAGCAAAUACAGGCUGCCAUAGCCAAGUAUCGAGAAAUAAAGGAGAACAUCAACGAGGGAUUGAAGUUUUAUGUUAGUCUUCAGGAUGCCAUCACCAAUAUCAAACAGCAGUGCAGUGAUUUUGUGAUGACCAGAAAUAUCCAGUGUCAAGAAAUGAUUGAAGAUGUACAAAGACAAAUGGCUGGACUAAGUUUUCAAGACCAUAAGAAUACAGGCUCAUACAGCUAUCCUGCAGCAAACCAGCCCCAUCAAACUCAAAGAUCCAGUUCGCAUCCUCCAUCAGAUCCUCAAAAUGUUCCGCAUCCGCAUCCGCAUCCUCAGCCCCAGACACAGUACUUUCAGCCUCCUGGGCAGUCUACAAUGCCUGGUUAUGCUCACCCUCCCCCCCCUUAUACAACACCACAGCAGCCACCUCCUUAUCAUAUGCGCCCUGCUCCUGGUGCUCCUUACCCACCUCGACAGGUUCAGCAACCACCAACAAACCAGGAGUAUGGUCAACCUGCCUAUCCAGGGUGGCGGGGCCCAUACUACAAUGCCCAUGGACAACAACCUGGAUCUCUUGCUCGGCCUACUUACACUAUUCCAGGUCCAUACCCUCCUCCUCACCAAGGCUAUUAUGAACAAUAGUUUUCUUUUGACUUAAUAAUUUGAUCAUCCAUCGUGUGUUAUUUUUGUUGCUUGAUCUCAUCCUUGGUGGGAUAGAUUAGAUUUAGCUAGAGCAUUUGGUUGCAAAGUGUAAUUAUCAUGAAUAACCAUUGGCUUUGAAUAAUCUCUGUACAUGUUAUGCAUGUGUAUAUCUUGUUAAUUCAAACAUAGAGAGGUGAUGCAGUAUAAAGAUAAAUUUCCAUUAA